AUGCCUCAAGCUCAGCCAGAAUUGAAGAAGGUGAGUGCUGCCCUCAAGUCACCGUGUGCCUUUUGUCCCGAGACCCCUACUGACAACGCGCUUUUUCUGCAGUACAUGGAGAAGCGGGUCUUCUGCCAACUUAACGGCAACCGCAAGGUCAUUGGUAUUCUCCGUGGCUACGAUGUGUUCAUGAACAUCGUCCUGGACGAGGCAUAUGAAGAGAAGGAGGGCGGAGAGAAGGUUGCCAUUGGCAUGAUCGUGAUUCGCGGUAACUCAGUAGUGAUGCUCGAGGCUCUCGAGCGCAUUGACAAAUGA